AAUGGCAGCUAACUAAGAAUUUUUUUUUUUUUUAAUUGUAGUUCAUGUGUUUUUGAAACGGUAAUUAAUUAAUUUCUUCAAGCAUAUUUUAAGAGGAUUUAAAUUUAAUAUGUAAGUGAGCUUUUGUUAAUUUUGCUGGCUCAAUAAAUAGGCCUAAGUCUAAGUACUUUCAUACUCAUACUCAUACUAUUACUCUUAGUCUUAGUCUUAGUAAGUCUUAGUCAGAUUAUGAUUAAGGUUAUUUAUAUUUAUAAUUAAUUAUCUAGGCACUGGGCAAUUAGUAGAAUUAGUAUCAAUAGCUUUGGCUUUAUUAAUAAUUAUAAUACUUAAUUCACUAAUUUAAUAAAAUUAAAUGAAUUAUGUCCUUUAAACCUCAUUAGUUAAGAAGUUAAGACAGUUAAGUAACUAAUUAAGAUACUUAGCAAGUUUAAUUUGAUUAAUUUGACUUAAGUUAAGACUAGCCUAGGCUUAAACAAUUUAAUCAUGUUCAUAUUUAUUACUAGUAAAUAGUCUUAGUCUAUCUACAGCCUAUAACUAUAACUAUAACUACAGCCUACAGACCUUCUAAAAGUCAUCACAUUCAUUAGAUGCAUCAAUCACAUGUAAUUGGGCAUUAUUAAACAAAUAAGUAAUGAAAGUCUGGGACACAAGUGUUAAAUGGCUUAUUCACUAAGUAUUCAGCCAAAGCCAUGCCAUGUAUAAUUUGAAGUCUUUAACUUUAGCAUUGUAUAGCCUUAUUAAAUUAUGCAUAUAUAAUUAUAUCUAAUGACCAAAUAGCCAAAUUAUAAACAUCUUUAUUUAGGCUAAUCAACACAAAAAGCAAAAUUUUGCCAGAAAAUUACAUUUUUAUCUUCCCAUGUUUCAGGCUUUUCUAUUAAGGCGGGGCUAGAAUUAAUUGGUCAAUUAAAAAACUAAGCUAGUAAAUUAUUCAGUAAAACACCAUGGGAUGUAAACAAUCACGAACCAUUAAAGUGCAGCCUAUUGGGCUUUCAAACACAAGUGACAGAGGAACAUUGAAAGUAAAGGAAGGUACCAAUGCUAAUAGAAAAAUUAAUGAAACAAAAGAUAUUAUUGUGGAUGAAUAUGAAAUAGAUUCGGAUGGCAAAAAAAUUCCAAUGAAAAGGAAAAUACCAUUGCUGCAAAAAGGGAAAUCAUCACUUAGUUUGGCUGAUCAUAGGUCCUUAGAUGGAGAUCGGGGAUUUUCAGCGACCUCAAAAGCUUCUGCUGAUUCAGGGCUUGGCGAGGAUGAUUACGCAUAUGGCAAAGACCUUGGCAACAUUAUAACAGAAUACUCUGCAGAAGAUGAUGUACGCAAAGUGGAGAGAAGUUUCAUUGAAAGGGAUGAUCUAGGUAAAGAUUUUGUUUUCAUUAAAAAAUGAUACGACAAGUAAUCUGUUUAGUUCUGGAGUUAUUUUCUUGGUUCUGACAUUUUUUUGUUCCUAAGAUUUUCAUUAAUAUAAAUAUUGCAUUAAAAAAGAUAUCAUAUUUGAUUUAGAUUCUUUUUAGUGCUUAUAUAAAUUUUAAGAAUCUAACAGGUUUGUUUUUACAAUGGAUAAGGCACAUCCCAUUUAUACACUACUGACUAAAAGAUGAUAAAACUAGAUGCUAAGUUUCAACAAUAUAGGCAAUUAUGUAUUGUGCUAAUUUUUUUUUGGAAUCUUACAGAUUUAGGAAUUACAGGGUUCCAGCUCCCAAAUAGACAUAGUGCUAAACUGGCUGAUAGACUAGAUGAAUCAAAAAUCUUACAGUCCCUUAGGGAAGAAGGACUUAUAGCCAAGUAACUAAAUAUAAUUUAUUUGAAUUUAAAAUGUUUUUUUACAAUCAUUGACAUAUUAUUUAAGUGGUUUUUUUUAAUUACUUUCUUCAAAUACUGACUUUAAAAAUGGAAAUAAGAAGAAAGGUUGAUUUCAUAAAUAAAAAACAUAAAAUAUGGUAAUUUUUUCCCCUCAAAUAAUCUUUUAUACAUUAUAAGAAAGAAUAUGUUGAAUUUUAUUUAGACCUACAACAGAGUCUUCUGGGGGUGUGAGUUUUGAGUUAGUCACCAGUGAAUGUUUCAAUACAAGUGGACUUCCUUGUCCUCCACCAAGACAACUUGCAAAACUUGAGAGGAGAAGAAAGAAAAAAAGAGUUCUCACAGAAGAAGAAAUAAAAGAAAAGUUAGAAAGAGCAGAGGAGAGAAGAAAAGUAUGUUGUCAGAGGCAAUAGAAUUCCAAAGUGCACAGAUAUUUUAAUGUGAAAUGAUAAUUUAAAAAAUUAAAUUUUCUAUAAAGUUGGCUGAAUUGCAGCUAAUACACUGCAGCAAAAGGUUUUAGGGCAACAGUGAGAAUUUUAUUGAUUAUUGAAGCAGGAAGAAAUGAUUCAUAAUUCAGAACUAGAUACAGCCUAGCUUCUCUAUGUCACAAUGUGAAAUACAAUGCAAUAAAUUCACUGCCACUUCAGUUAUUUUAUUUUACCUUAAGUGUCAAGCAGUUAGUGUUAUCGAUUUAAUAUCUAUUUUUUUAUGUUAGUCAUCAAUCAUUGUUAAUUUUAAAAAACUUUAAAAUUAAAUGUAUGAUUUUUUAGAUUCGUGAGGAAGAGCGGCUAAAUAAAAUCAAAUCACUUGAAAGAUCCGAUGCAAUUGCAGCCCUGGAGAAUUUUGAACACUAUAAGAAAGAGAAAGAAGAGCAACAAAUUCAGAAAAUGGAUGUUGUAGCUGACAACCGUGAAAAGAGAAUCAAUGAAAUAAAAGAAAAGAUAAAGGAGAGAGAAAGGAGGGCAGAAGAGGUGCGAAGAAGAAAACAAAAGGCCUUGGAGGAUAGAUUGGACACAACUGGUAUUAUGAGCAACUCUUUGGAUAAUGAAAUCACUGGCGGUAGUUUACUAACUAGCCAGGAUUAGCAACAGCAUUGACAGACACACAAAGAAUUAUUUAAAUUAAACAUUGGUUUGAAUGAGUAGAUCAGAAUUUAAAUAAUAUUAAAAUAUGUGGAACCAUUAUCAUAGGGAAUUUUUUAAAGAAAUUAAGUUAUUGAAAACUUAGUCUUUAUAGAUAAUCAGUUAAGAAAAUAAAAAUAUCUGCACAUUCAAGCUUAUCAAACGGACUAUGAAAAGAGUUGAUUAACCUCAAUAUAACAAAAACCUGAAGUUAACAAACUCAUCAAAAGUAUGAUAAUAUUGAUAAAUAUAAGUUUUUAAAAAAAUAAUGUGCGACAUUUUAAAACAUUUUUUAAUGCUUGGAUGUUGUUUUUUUAACAAUUAAUUUACACAGCUACAAAGAUGUAAUAUUCUUUACUCAAGGUAAUUUUAUUCAAAGUUUCCAUGUAUUAAUGAAUUUGUUCAAAAUUAAUGUUAAAAACAUUCCUGUUAGAAGCAGUAUUUUUUUUGAGAGAAUUUUUGACCUAAACAAUGACAUUCAUCAUUCAUGUAUUUGUGAAGUACAAGAUUUCAUGUAAAUCUGCAACUGUAACAAAGUAAAUAAACUUAAGCUCUCCAAAAGAAUAAUUAUGUUGUGUCUAGCAUAAUUUUCAUGUGGAAUUAAAAUGCUCUAAACCAAUGCAAAUAAUUUAGUAUAUGAUUUUUUUUUUUUAAAUUGUAUUAAGCGGUUUUAUGCCUAAGGG